AUGGACGGAAUUGGGGAGGGUCACGGUCCGAACGGCAUGGGAUACGAUAUGCCCAUGCUUAUGAAUCAACAUACUCCCAUCUUUGGCGCAUACGGCCCCGAGGGCUCGCCGGUCACCACUGCGCUUCCGAAUCCCUCGCUCCACGAUGAAGCUUCAAUGAGCAUAGGAGAUGAUAAUAAUGAUGCCAAGCGAAGACGGAUUGCGAGGGCUUGUGAUAUGUGCCGGAAGAAGAAAAUCAAAUGCGAUGGAAAAAUGCCUAAAUGCUCCCACUGUAUCAAUUACAAAACAGACUGUGUCUUUACUCAGGUUGAGAAAAAGCGCAACCCGCCUAAGGGCGCCAAAUAUAUUGAAGGCCUCGAGAACCGUUUAGGUCGCAUGGAGUCUCUGCUUCGUCUUUCCGGUCUACUCUCUGAAGAUGAUGGAAAGACGGACCUUGGGACAUUGGAAAAACGACUUGCUGACAGAUCUCUUUCAGCCGGUGGCUAUAAUGCUACCAAUAGCCCAACUAGAUUCAGUCUGCCACUUAAUGGACAACCGUCUCAGCCGGCUAGCACAUCACGGCAUUCGACACCCAGAGUGGACUCCCAUUCUAGCCCCCGAACGGCGGCUACCUCACCAGAGUCGCAGAAAGAGUCGGAGAAUGAAGUAGAAGGGUUGUCGGAUAUGAUGUGUUCUUUGGUCACAAAUAAUUGCGGUGAGACGCGGUAUAUUGCAUACAUCGACGAUAAUAAAUGGAUGUACUGGAAACCGGAAAUUUUCAGUGACGUCUUUGCUCGUCGCGUCUUCAAACCCUUGCCUCCAAAAGAGGAGGCUUUGUCUCUAUUUCGAGACUUCUUCGAUAACUUUAAUUGCAUGUUUCCCCUUUUCCACGAACCGACAUUCAUGCACCUGGUUGAGAAACAAUAUUCUCGAGACCCUUACGAAGGCUCCGGCUGGUGGGCCAGCAUCAAUGUGGUGCUUGCCAUAUCGCAUCGUCUACGUGUAAUGAGCAACCUCGUCCCUCAAGAAGAAGACAAAAAAGCUUGGCUUUAUCUAAAAAAUGCCAUGGGCGUGCUAACAGAGCUUACGAUGCGAAAUACUGAUCUUUUGAGCGUCCAAGCGCUUCUAGGCAUGUCACUAUUCCUUCAAGGGACGCCAAAUCCACAACCCUCGUUCUUCUUAGUCGCUGCUGCUAUUAGAUUAUCUCACAGUAUUGGGCUCCAUAAGCGUGGGUCUGGUUUCGGCCUGAAUCCUGUAGAAGCAGAGCAACGCAAGAGAGUCUUCUGGAUUGCGUAUAUGCUGGACAAAGACAUUUGUCUCCGAUCCGGCAGACCGCCUGUCCAGGACGACGACGACAUGAACGUCGAGCUGCCGAGUGAAGAUCCUCCAGAUAAUAUCGGUAACGUCCCAUUGUUCGACGGGAAAGGGAAGUUCAACAUGUUUCGCACCUUGUGCAAGUUCUCUAUUAUUGAGAGCAAGGUGUACAAGCGCCUCUACUCGGCCACAGCUUCCAAACAAUCUGAUGGCGCCCUCUUGAAUACCAUCGGCGAGCUCGACAGGGAGCUCGAGGAGUGGAAAGAUAGCAUUCCUAUCGAUUUUAGGCCUGAACAUGAAAUAAAAGCAACACAUGGGCCUCUCAUAUUGCACAUCGUCGUGUUGCAUUUCGCUUAUUACAACUGUUUGACAACAAUACACCGGAUGUCAGUUCACCAUGGGUAUUGGACAAGCCGCCUUUCCAACUAUGCUAUUCAAGGUCUGAAUGCGCGACCAUUAAAUCCGCGAGUGUUCCUAUCGGCCGUUUUAUGCGUGACUGCUGCCAGAGCGUCCAUCAACCUGAUCAAAUAUAUCCCCCAAGGUGAUUUCGCCUGUGUCUGGUUGAUACUUUACUACCCGGUCUCGGCAUUGGUGACACUGUUCGCGAACAUCCUCCAAAAUCCAACAGAUGCGCGGGCUCGCUCAGAUGUCAAACUUAUGAACGUGGUUGUCAAUUUUCUCUCUACACUUGUAUCUGAUGAGUCGAAUGGGAGCAUCAAGCGCAUGCUUGGUGUAUGCGGCGAAUUCGAGAGAAUUGCGCAGGUCGUUCUCGACAAAGCCGAGCGGGAGUCUCAAUCAAAGAAGAAACGGAAAGCUGGACCGGAAGAGCCUAGGGAUUCACCACAAGCAGCAAGCACAACUUCAACGAAGAAAAAUACAGCCAAUACAUCGGCUACUAUGCCUUUUUCGCCCCCGCCGCAAUACGGUGCAGAUUCGCAGGAUAGUAGCUCUAAUGCUGCGAAUGGGGCAACGGCUUUCACAUCGAGUCAGACAAUGCCUGGAACAAGUAGCAUCUCUGACAUGUCGGGAACUAUACCUGCCAUGCCCAGGGCUAGCCAAGAUUUCACCGAAAUGCUUGGUCCCAACGCCCUGGAUGGAUUGAAUUUCAAUAGCCAGCCUCCUCUAACGUCUACUGGUGAUGUUCCCAUUGCGCAGCCAUUCCAACAGCCGUUUGUCCCACAAGAUCUUUGGCAGAUGCCUAUGACAAUCGAAUGGGAUUGGGCAGAUAUGUCUACGAACUUUCCCGUCUUCGAUUCAGGUCCGAGUCAUUAG